AGGCAACAGCACAGAGGCCAGGCUGGGGUUUGGACCUGGAGGGACACACAGAGCCUACCGCCGAGCUGCUGCCCCUGCUCCAGGUACACACAGCACCUCAUGACCAGCUGACCCUUCCAGUCCAGAGCAAUGGUGCAAAAUGGCUCCACCCGGGUGGAUUCUGAGUUUCGAUACACCCUCUUUCCAGUCGUUUACAGCAUCAUCUUUGUGCUGGGCAUCAUUGCCAAUGGCUAUGUGCUGUGGGUCUUUGCCCACCUGUAUCCUUCCAAGAAACUGAAUGAGAUAAAGAUCUUCAUGGUGAACCUCACCAUGGCGGACCUGCUCUUCUUGUUCACCCUGCCACUGUGGAUCGUGUAUUACUACAAUGAGGGCAACUGGAUUCUACCCAAAUUCCUGUGCAACCUAGCUGGCUGCCUCUUCUUCGUCAACACCUACUGCUCUGUGGCCUUCCUGGGCGUCAUCACUUAUAACCGCUUCCAGGCAGUAGCCCAUCCCAUCAAGACUGCUCAGGCCACCACCCGCAAGCGUGGCAUCACUUUGUGCCUGGUCAUCUGGAUCACCACUGUGGCCGCUGCAUCUUACUUCCUUGUUACAGACUCUACCAACCUAGUACCCAGUAAAGAUGGCUCAGGCAACAUCACCCGCUGCUUUGAGCAUUAUGAGCCUCGCAGUGUGCCCAUCCUCAUUGUCCACGUCUUCAUCACAUUCUGCUUCUUUCUCGUCUUCUUCCUCAUCCUCUACUGCAACCUGGUCAUCAUUCGCACGCUGCUCAUGCAGCCGGUAGGGCAUCAGCGCAAAGCUGAGAUGAAGCGCCGGGCUCUUUGGAUGGUCUGCACAGUUUUGGCAGUAUUUUUUAUCUGUUUUGUGCCUCAUCAUGUCGUACAGCUGCCCUGGACCCUGGCUGAGUUGGACUACCAGACCAACUUCCACCAGGCUAUAAAUGAUGCACAUCAGAUCACCCUCUGUCUCCUCAGCACCAAUUGUGUCUUAGACCCUGUUAUCUAUUGCUUCCUUACCAAGAAGUUCCGCAAGCACCUUAGCGAAAAAUUUUAUAGCAUGCGCAGCAGCCGGAAGUGUUCCCGGGCUACCACCGACACAGGAACUGACUUGAUUGUGCCACCCAACCAGAUCCCUGUCAUUGCACUAAAAAAUUAGGCUCCGCUUACUGGAGUCAGACCUGGAGUCUUCUCUUCCAUGGACACCACAGACUGAGCUGGGGGACAAGGGUUUCUGGUGUGGCCACCUCCUCUGUGGACACUGGCGACCCAUUAAGUAUGGCAGCUACUUCCUCACUUAGACAAGGGUGAUAAUGCUUCAAGAGCCCCGAAAAGUCCAGAACUUUCACUCACCUUUAGGCACAGACUAGCUGACCUUACCUCAUGACCUCAUCUAGAGCCCCUGAGUUUGAUUGGGCUAGGAGGAACAUCAAGGCUAGGGUCAGACCUUGAAAGCAGACUCGGAGGCACCCAGCUCAUCCCACUGGGGUUGUAGCCUUAAGUUUUAGGCAACGACUCCCCAGUGCUACUGGCAGAGAGAGAGGCUGGCAGAAGGGACUCUUAACUGGCUGUGCAGAAGAUAUUUGGAGCAGCAGUUGGUUUUAGAAGGAAGCCACCCGUUUUCUAUGCAUAGGCACAGGUCUUUGUGACACAUCCUAGGGGAAGUGGUUUGAUAGAACCUUCUGAUUGACCUGGUAACCUAUUUCAAAUGCAACCAGAGAAGAUAAAACAAGAGAGAUCAGAAGCUAGAAUGGGAAUGUGUUCCUGAGGUAGCUAAGUCUCUCUGCUUAGGCUUGAGUGAGCUCUGAGAGAGUGGGAGAGAGAUGGCCACCUUAGCUAUCUUUCUGUCUUAGCAACAGACCCUGGUUAAAUGGCUGUGGGGCAGCUACCCACUUUGAGCAGAAAUUUCUCAAAGCAAAAUUUGGGUUUGUGUUGGCCAAGGCACCUCAGUGCUUAAAAGCCCCAUGCAAAUGAGCACUUGAGCAGGGAAGUGCCUGUAGCUUCAGAGUGGAAGAAGGCCGCUCAUUCCCUGGAAGGUGCCUCCAAAUGGAGCUUGCAGGAGGUGGUAGGGACAGUUUCAGUUCUGACUUCUGGAGGUUGACGGCUUCCCUUGAGGACCUCUAGGUACCUGCUGGUUAUAUCUGGCAAGUGUGUUAGUUACCUUUGCCUUGCUGUGCCCAGCCUACUGGACAGAAACAACUUAAGGAAGGAAAGGUUUAUUUCGACUCACAGCCUCAGGGGAUUUCAAUUCAUUGUAGCAGGGAAGGCAUGGCAGGGCAGCUCAGACCAUGGUGGUGGGAACAGAACAUGAGGCAGAGGCUGUUCAUGUGGUAUUGAGCCAAGAAACAGACAGCACAUCACAACCAGGGGCCAGGGUACAACCUUCAGAGGCCCACCCCAUCACCCACUUCUGUCAGUCAGGUUCCACCUCCUAAAGGUUCUGCAGCCUCCCCAAAUAAUACCACCAGUUGGAGAACAAGCAUUCAAAACAUGACCCUGGGCUAGCAAGAUGGCUUAGCAGGUAAAGGUGCUUGCCGCCAAGCCUGACAACCUGAGCUUGUUCCCCUGAACCCACAUGGUGGAAGGAUGCUUGAAAGUUGUCCUCUGAUCUCCACAUGUGCACUGUGGCACAUGCAUGCCUCUUCUCUACAUAAAUACGUGUAAAAGUCAACAGAACAAAGCAAAACAAAUAGGACCCUGUGGGGGGAAUUUUAGAUUAACAGUGUAGGAACAGUUCCAUCAAGUGAGAUUCCUCUCUUGCCCUGCGGAAAAUAUCUGGCACCUCAGACUUGGAGCUCUGAGGAGCGUUCCCUGUUUUUCAGAGCAUUAUACUUCUUUUGAAAUAGCUUCCUUCUUUCCAGCCAGUAACCCCUUAAGUUGGUCACUUGGUUCGUGUCUGCCAGGCAAGCACUGGAUCGCAGAUUUUGAUAAAUAUCCUCCAUAAGCCAGUAACCCAUUUGGUUUGGGGUGGGGGCUGUGGACUAGACCUAGCUGAUGGCGACUAAGUGGUUACAGCCACAUACUUGAGCUUUGAUGUCAAACAAACUCAGGUUCAAGUCCUGGCUUUGUUACUUGCUGCCGUGGAGCCAGGGUUUAAUUUUCUACCUCUCAGUGUUGUUAGCUGUGAGGCAGAAUCUACCUCACAGAGCUGUGGUGAGCAGUGAAUACUGAGCAGGCACCUCUCGGUCACCCCUGAAGCUCCCCUUUCCUGAGACUCUGGCACCCUCAGUCCUCUGACAGGAACCAAAAGGAUGAGAGUUGGGCAUGUGGAUUCAGGAUACUUCUCGGGGCUUUGCAGGUCACUUAAUUGAAGCCAUCUAAACUCUAGAGCUGUGAGUGUGUCUGUGUGUAAAGUGGGUUGAAUGACCACCUGUGUAGUAGACACAUGGCUUUAUGCAGGAAGAAGAUGGGUGGGGCAGAGACUAGAGACAUGGCAGGAACCUGAGUGGCAAGGGGAGAAGGCUUCCAGGGGCCCCAUGGCUCUCCUGUAGCCUUUCCCAUGGAUCCUGUGAGAUUCCCUUGUCAGGAUCCCUUCACUUAACUUGCUUCUUGCUUGUUUAUUUGAAUGGGUGUCUACCACUAUCAAUCAAAUAAAGCUCUGAAUGUUUAUAUGCUAA